CCUGCCCGGCCGGCCGACAUCUUGGAGAUUGGGCCCGGUUCUCUUCUCAGCUCGCUCACAACCUGCCCAGCCUCGAGACCACACGAACGAGCAUUUCGCGAGAUUCAUUUUUGGACCGAAUGUCAUAAGGGCUGACGAUCCAAAAAAAGCAGAGAUCGGCCAGUGAAGUGAAAAAGGACAACGCAAGGGUUCCGCAAGAUGUUUUCCUCGAUGAAAACCGCGCUGACCGUGGCGGCCCGUGCCGAACAGGUGCUGGCCCGCGGUUAUGCGGCCAAGACGGCCGCUAAGGCAGCUGCCGUCGCCCAGGGUAAGGUUGUGGCAGUUAUCGGUGCCGUCGUCGACGUCCAGUUCGAAGACAAUCUGCCGCCGAUUCUGAACGCCCUGGAGGUGCAGGGCCGUCAGGCCCGUCUGGUGCUGGAGGUUGCGCAACAUCUCGGCGAGAACACCGUCCGUACCAUUGCCAUGGACGGUACGGAGGGUCUGGUGCGCGGUCAGGGUGUCCUGGACACCGGAUCGCCCAUCCGUAUCCCGGUCGGUGCCGAAACCCUCGGCCGCAUCAUCAACGUCAUCGGCGAGCCGAUCGACGAGCGCGGCCCGAUCGAGACGAACCUGUCCGCCCCGAUCCACGCCGAAGCUCCCGAGUUCGUGGAGAUGAGCGUCGAGCAGGAGAUUCUGGUCACCGGAAUCAAGGUCGUCGACCUGCUGGCCCCGUACGCCAAGGGUGGUAAGAUCGGUCUGUUCGGUGGUGCCGGUGUCGGCAAGACCGUACUGAUUAUGGAGCUGAUCAACAACGUUGCCAAGGCCCACGGUGGUUACUCCGUGUUUGCCGGCGUCGGCGAGCGCACCCGCGAGGGUAACGAUCUGUACAAUGAGAUGAUUGAGGGUGGUGUCAUCUCGCUGAAGGACAAGACCUCCAAGGUCGCUCUCGUGUACGGCCAGAUGAACGAGCCCCCCGGCGCCCGUGCCCGUGUCGCCCUGACCGGACUGACCGUGGCCGAGUACUUCCGUGACCAGGAGGGACAGGACGUGCUGCUGUUCAUUGACAACAUUUUCCGCUUCACCCAGGCCGGUUCGGAGGUGUCUGCCCUGCUGGGUCGUAUCCCGUCCGCUGUCGGUUACCAGCCAACCCUGGCCACUGACAUGGGUAGCAUGCAGGAGCGCAUUACCACCACCAAGAAGGGUUCCAUCACCUCGGUGCAGGCCAUCUACGUGCCGGCUGACGAUUUGACUGAUCCCGCCCCGGCCACCACCUUCGCUCACUUGGACGCCACCACUGUGCUGUCGCGUGCCAUUGCCGAGCUGGGAAUCUACCCCGCCGUGGAUCCCCUCGAUUCGACCUCCCGUAUCAUGGACCCCAACAUCAUCGGUGCCGAGCACUACAACAUUGCCCGUGGCGUCCAGAAGAUCCUGCAGGACUACAAGUCCCUUCAGGACAUCAUCGCUAUCCUGGGUAUGGAUGAGUUGUCUGAGGAGGACAAGCUGACCGUGGCCCGCGCCCGCAAGAUUCAGCGUUUCCUGUCCCAGCCCUUCCAGGUCGCUGAGGUCUUCACCGGUCACGCCGGCAAGCUGGUCCCGCUGGAGGAAACCAUCAAGGGAUUCACCAAGAUCCUGCACGGCGAGCUGGACCAUCUGCCGGAGGUCGCUUUCUACAUGGUCGGCCCCAUCGAGGAGGUCGCCGAGAAGGCCGAACGUCUGGCCAAGGAAGCCGCCUAAGAUCUGAUCGACACACACACAAAACACCCGCAAAGAUCAGCAGCAGCAACAGUAAUUAGUCACCAGUAGAGAGCGAGCGAGUUGGCCGCGAAUGGGGCCUUCGAAGCGGAUCCCGAAGUCCUCCCACAUUGUUUCGGGAUCUUCUUCGAGUUUCAUUCCGCGCUGUGUUCUAGAGCACACAACACGAAUAAUACGAUUUUUUUUAAACGACGGUAAAGAGAUCCGCGCGACGCGUGAAAGGGGAACGCUGCGCGGCAGGGUGGAAUCGGUUCAAAAUAUAGGCUUAUGGCAUUGAUCGUGAGAAAA